ACGAUGUCAUUUCCCGGAAGAGACAGCUAAGAUUGGGCCAUUCUCUUUAGUGUUUGCCUUGUAUGCCUUUCCCCCACCUCAUCACUACCAACAUUUUGAUCCAAAAUCACACGGGAAACCCUACACAAUUGGAGCAAAAACAAACCAAUACAACACUAAAGUAACGUAUCCAAUGAAGUAACCAAGAACUGGACAGAAAGAUAACGAGGUGGAGCUUUGCAGUCAUUCACCUCAAUUAAAUAAAUCUUAAGCGUCUAUCGCUGAAGUACUGAGGAGUUCCCACCUCGACUUAACCUACCUACCGCCUGACUCCACCAAACCCAACUGGCCAGUAUGUCCCAGUUCCAGUGUCCGGGUAACCUUAUGUCGAGCCCUGCUGCCAGCCCCAUGCAGCAGCUGUCUCAGCCCCAGCCAGGGUACAGUAUCCCCUGUGCCUCGGGCCCCCUGCCCUCCGAGAGCGCCAGUCACCCGCUCCUGAGCUCAGCCCUGCCCUCGGGCUCAGCCACUCCAUUCAGCCCCACCUCCACAGUAUCUAACAUGGCAAACCCUAAAGAGAAGACCCCCAUGUGUCUGGUGAAUGAGUUAGCCCGUUUCAAUAAGAUCCAGCCUGAGUAUAAGCUGCUCUGUGAGGAAGGACCAGCUCAUUCCAAGAUCUUCUCAGUGCGGCUAUCACUGGGGGAUCAGCACUGGGGGGCAGAGGGGACCAGUAUAAAGAAGGCCCAGCACUCUGCAGCUGCCACAGCCUUGGCCCAGACAACACUGCCCAAACCUAGCAUGAGGAACAACCCCCGCAACAACACAGUAGAUUGCAUGACACACACGGUGGAGCUGAAUGCCUUCUGUAUGAAGCUAGGGGUGAAGCCUAUGUACAAGCCCAUAGACCCCUACCCUGGGAUGAGACCAUCCAACUUCAACUACAACAUCAGGGCCCCGGGGCCUUACCAACGCUCCAUGCAACAGUACUACUACCCGUUUCCCCCGGUGGGGCCGGUGUUGUACCACAUGGAGCUGAACAUCGGGGGCCAACAGUUCCACGGGAAGGGGCGUACGCGGCAGCUCGCCAAACACGACGCCGCUGCCAAGGCACUGAAGACUCUACAGAAAGAGCCCAUACUGCUGCAGCAGCUGCCUGAGACGAAUGGAGAAGACACAGAGAACUUCAAUAAAUCAGAAAUCAGCCAGGUGUUUGAGAUCGCACUGAAGAGGAACAUGCCUGUCAACUUUGAGGUUCUGAAGGAGGCAGGUCCGCCUCACAUGAAGAGCUUCAUGGUGUGUGUGGCGGUGGGCGAGUUCUGUGGUGAGGGCGAGGGCAAGAGUAAGAAGAUCGCUAAGAAGCUGGCAGCUACAGCCGUGCUGGAGGAACUGAGGAGACUGCCCCAGCUGUCCCCCAGCGUGGAGAAGAUUCAGCCAGCACGCAUUAAGAAGAAAACCAAGUCCAUCAUUAAGCUGCAGACCAGUCCAGAGUAUGGGCAGGGAAUGAACCCCAUCAGCAGACUGGCUCAGAUCCAGCAGGCUAAGAAAGAGAAGGAGCCAGAGUACAGCAUGAUGACGGAGAGGGGGCUGCCCAGACGCAGGGAGUUCGUCAUGCAGGUGACUGUGUGUGGCCAUUGUGCGGAGGGUAUGGGCCCCAGUAAGAAGGUAGCGAAGAGGAAUGCAGCAGAGAAGAUGCUUGAGCUUCUAGGUUUCAAAGUGCCUCCACCUCAGCCCCACAAACCUGCGCUCAAAACAGACGAAAAGGUCCCGCAGAAGAAAAAUGGAGAUGGGAGGAAAGUGACCUUCUUUGAGCCGGGCUCUGUAGAAGAGAGCCAGUCACUGGGCUCCAAGGCAGAGAACUACCGCCAGCCCUACCUCAGCCACCAGCAGCUCCCAGCAGGCAUCCUGCCCAUGGUGGCAGAGGUGGCCCAGGCUAUAGGGGCCAGCCCCAGCCUAGGGCACCAGAACAAGGGCUACGGCCCCCGGACCAACCCUGCCAAGGUCACCCUGACGGCCAUGAUCGCCAACGAGCUGCUGUACACUGGUACCUCCCUGACCGCCGAUACCAUCCUGAAGAGUCAGAACAGUAUGGCUCAUCUAGUACCUCACGGACCCAUGACCAGACCCUCCGAACAGCUCAGCUACCUAGCCAACGUACAAGGUCUACAGGUGGAUUACAAAGACUUCCCCAAAAACAACAAGAAUGAAUUUGUAUCGCUGAUCAACUGCUCCUCCCAGCCGCCUCUUAUCAGCCAUGGCAUUGGCAAGGACGUGGAGUCCUGUCACGACAUGGCGGCCUUGAGUAUCCUAAAGUUACUGUCAGAGCUGGACCAGCAGCAGCACCAGCAGCAGACCAAUGACAGGACAGGGAGCGGACCAACCUCUGGGUGUGGCAAACAGGACAUGGGUGGCAGCGACUCUCUCCUCAUCAAACAGGCUAACUCAAGCACCUUGGGACAACAGACUCUGGAUGGCACUGUGUAGACAGACACACACCAUUGGUUGUUUGCAAGAAGCACUAAAAGAAAACUCUGACACUGUGUUGUGAUAGGCUGUUUUAGGAUUCUACAGGAAGCUCAGGGCAACUGUAGGCUCUAAAGCAUCACUAGUGUUCAUGUUAUAUUAAAUGUUCUGAAAUGUUCACAGUUAAACAAGAUUAAUAGAAGAAAUUGUUUUAGUUUCAUUUCCUCCUCCUUAAUGUUGUUUAAUUGUACACGUUUUUUUUUUUUUUUUUUGCUGCUUAAUAGAAAAGUGUAGCUGCAUCAUAUCCGAUAUAAUGGCAGUCCGCUCUGUUGAGAUGGAAUGGAAUGGGAUAAUGUUAACUGUGAAAAGCUUUGUUUUUGAGUAGAAGCGUUUUCUCUCUUUUUUUCCCUUUUCUGUUAACAACUUUCUUUCUCUCAUUUUUAAAUAUUUUAUUGUUCUUUAACCCAGGGCCUGGAAUUCUUGGCGGGUUGUUCACAAACAUGGCUUCAAACGUUUUUUUGAAAUAUUUUCAGCGUUUACUUUAGUCUGACUGGCGUGCCAGAUGGACUGGUUUGCAGUUUUGCCACUAUUCCAUUGGUUCCAUUGUGCCAGGCAAGCUCAAUCAAUCGCAGCUAAAGUAUUUGAAAUGAUUUCAAAUGGCUUUUGAACCCAGGUCUACUGUAGUUGUUGCAAUAGUGUUUACUUGUGAAGUAUGUUACCCCAUAGAAGGAUAGGAUGCAGCUAGCAAACCACUGUUGAUUUUCCUAGAGUGCUUUAUAACAACCACCACAAGUGAACAGUGUUUAUUUACAUUACCAUGUAGGACUGGGAAGGUUUUGAGACUAAUUGUAGCGUUUGUGUGUGUGAUGUCUAUCCCCACUGAAAGAUGGCGGGGCAAUAUAAGUCUGUGUUGCUCCCCCCCCCCCCCCUUCAUCUCUCCCCCUCCCUCGGUGUCAAACCACCUCUCUGCUCCCCAUGGAAUGUAAGUAGAACUUGUGUGCUGUAACGCACAAAAUAAAACCAUCAGUUUAUAUA